GCUGAAACGCGUUUGGCUGGCGUGAUGACGUCAGAGAGAACGUGCAUGCCGGUAGAGAAUUCAGUACCUGCAUUUCUUGGCUAGUUUGUAAAGCAAAGCCCAGGAGCCUGUACCUGCCGCAGCGAUGGCAUCGAAGUCUGUGAAGGAUACCGAGCGAAGCUGCGUGCUGUGCUGCCAGGAGAUCGAGAUAUUCGCCCUGGGGAAAUGUGAUCACACGGUGUGUUACCGUUGCUCCACCAAAAUGAGGGUGCUGUGCGAGCAGAAGUACUGCGCCGUCUGCCGGGAGGAGCUCGACAAGGUUCUUUUUGUAAAGAAAUGUGACCCAUUUUCAACUAUAGCUACCCAGCAUUUCCAGUGUGAGAAGAAGCACGAUAUUUACUUCAGCGAUGCAGAUAUCCAGGCGCAAUUCAGGCGGAUUUUACAACACGAAUGUCCGCAGUGCUCAGAGUUGAGGGUCUUCAGCAAGUUUGAAGAACUGGAACAGCACAUGAGAAAACAGCAUGAGCUGUUCUGCUGCAAACUCUGUGCAAAGCAUCUUCAGAUUUUCACUCAUGAGCGCGAGUGGUACAAUCGUAAGGAGCUGGCUCGUCAUCGCACGCAAGGGGACCUCGAUGACACCUCCCACCGCGGACACCCUCUCUGCAAAUUCUGUGACGACCGCUAUCUGGACAACGAUGAGCUGCUCAAACACUUGAGGAGAGAUCACUACUUCUGUCAUUUCUGUGAUUCAGACGGUGCUCAGGAAUACUACAGUGAUUAUGACUAUCUUCGAGAACAUUUCCGUGAGAAGCAUUACCUGUGUGAGGAGGGGAGGUGCAGCACUGAGCAGUUCACCCACGCUUUCCGCACAGAGAUCGAUUACAAAGCCCACAAGGCAGCCUGCCACAGCAAGACCAGGGCAGAGGCUCGUCAGAACCGGCACAUAGACCUGCAGUUUAACUACGCGUCCCGACACCCGCGGAGGAAUGAGGGUGUACUAGGAGGGGAGGAUUAUGAAGAAGUGGACCGCUUUAACAGACACUCGAGGGCAGGGAGAGGAGGAGGAGGAGGAGGAGGCGGCGGUGGCCGGGGAGGGCAGCAGAACAGGAGAGGCAGCUGGAGGUACAACAGAGAGGAAGAGGACCGGGAGGUGGCGGCGGCAGUGCGAGCGUCGGUGGCGGCGCGCAGACAGGAAGAAAAGAGACCAGCACAAGAGCGAGAGAUCCCAAAACCUAAAGAAGAGGUCGCUGAGGCUGAAGACCUCCGGCAUGCAAGAGCAGCAGCCAAGCCAGCCAGCGAAGCUGCAGGUCCCAAAGAUACUGCUAAACCAGCAAACAGUAAUGGUCCUCUAAAGGGUGAAGAUUUCCCUGCAUUGGGAGCGAUGGCAGCACUUAUUCCAAGCACUAAUACAACAGCUGCUGUGAAACUGAAAGAAGACGACUUCCCAAGUCUGUUGAGCAAGUCUGUAUCGUCCCCGAUGACCCCAGCGUACACUGCACAGCCCCGGAAACCUUCUGCAUUCCAGGAAGAGGACUUCCCGGCACUGGUUUCCAAAAUCAGAGCUCCGAAACAAUGCGGCAGCACUACCUCUGCCUGGUCCACCUCCUCCAACAAGAACGCUGGCAAACCAAGCCCCGCUGCCUCCCCCUUCCCCUCCUUCAACACCCCCACCCCCAGCUCCUCCGCUUCCACUCAGCCAAGGAAGAAACCCCUGCCGGCGAGCAGUAACAAAAGCAACCCAAGGAACAAAUCGUCUCCCGCUUCGGAUGAAGACGACGACCGCGGCGGGAAGACGACUCAGGAGAUCCGGAGCGUGCCGACCAUGCUGGAUAUCUCCUCUCUAUUAACAGGGAGAUCGGCGCCCCUGGUGUCGGCGUCCCAGACCGUUUCCAAAGUGGGCAAAAGAAAGAAGAUGGGCGUGGAGAAGCAGAGCCCCGCCUUCACAGCAUCGCUGACUCCUCCUCCUCCUCCUCCUGUGGCAGUGACCGCCAACGUGGCCCAGAAGGAGAAUAAACAGCCGCCUCCGAACAUCACAAGGCCUGCCAGUAACGCAGCUUCCAAAACAAACCACCUGAUCAAUGGUCAUUCUGAACUGCCUGCAGAGAACAACAGCAUGCUAGUUACAAAGGAGCCGCCUGGACUCAAAAAGCAACUGACAUCGGAGCCCUGCCCGCUGCCUGAAGAAGAAUUCCCUGCUCUGCUGCCUAAAAAACCUCCUCCAGGUUUUAACACGGCGUUUCCAAUGAAGGGAGGGCACUCCAGUCUUCCCCCUCCUCCACCCCCAGGACUAGCGGCUCCCCCGAGCAAACCUCCUCCUGGCUUCACUGGCAUUGCUUUGAAUGCAAAUGUAUGUGAGCCGGCCAUUCCAACAGUCAACGAACCAGCAUUGACAGCAGGGACCUACCUCGUGCCUGAGAAUUUCCAGCUCAGGAACAUGGAGCUCAUCCAGUCUAUAAAGAACUUCCUGCUGGACGAGGAGUCCAAGUUCAACCAAUUUAAAACGUUCUCUGGACAGUUUAGACAAGGCCACAUGUCUGCAGUGCAGUACCACCAGAGCUGCAGAGAGCUGCUGGGAGAGAACUUCAAGAGGAUCUUCAACGAGCUACUGGUGCUUCUGCCGGACACGAGCAAGCAGCAGGAGCUCCUCGCCGCUCACAACCACUGCCAGGCCUCCAGCAAGCCCAAAAAGAACAAGAACGCCUGGCAGACAGGCAACAACAACAACCCAGAGCUGGACUGUCGGAUCUGCCCCUCCUGCAGACAGGUCCUGACAGAGAAGGACUUCAUCGCACACAAGAGCCAGCACAGGCAAGACGACGACUUCCCUUCUCUCCAGGCCAUCAGCAAGAUCAUCAGCUAGCCCACAAUGCGCUCUCUCUUAACCAGCCUUGCAUCUGCGCAGCAGUGCAUGGGAUAAGAAAUGUGCUGCUGGCAAUGGGGUGAGCAUUGCAUGAGCAGAGCACUUAAGAGAUCAAAACGGAGAGGUUUCGGGGAACAGUCUCGUCCUGGGAAUGUGCUAAAGAGUUAUUAAUAAAGAUAAUUCAUUUGUUUACAUUUUGUGAGGGCUGAGGGCUCACGUGAAGAAGGCCAGAUUCAGAAAGACCUGUAUUACUGCUGCGUUUAAAGUUUGCUUGUUUCUGGAUUAUAUAUAUAUAUAAUAUGCUGAAGUGACAGUAAGGUUGUAAAAGGAUGCAUUCCAUGCUUACUUGAAAAAGUGGUGGGGGUGUUACCCCCCCAGUACCCAAAUACGUUUGCAUAUAUUAUAUAACACAUUCAUCUUUAACUCUUGUGUAAAUUGAAGUGUACAGAUUCUAUUUCACUAUUUAAUAACGGAUUUCAUGUGAGCACAGCUAGUGAUCUAUGCUUGUUGCACUUGGUAAUGUACACAUUUUUAUUUUUGUGUUCUGCCGUUCUAUUUUAGCAAGGCACAGAGAUUUAAUAGUUGAAACAUAUACUGCACAUACUGGUGACCUUGCAAGAUACUUGCUGGUAAAUACUUUUAAAAAUCCAGUAUUACUAUCUAGCAGAAUUCUCUCUCUCUCUUGCUUUGAAAAUCUUAGAUCUAUUUGCAAAUGAUAUUGUUAAAAUAUAGAUUAUUGCUUGAUUUCAUUGUGUAUCUUUCCAUGGGGAAAAUUUCAGUUAGUGCUAGGUAGAUUACUAGAUAAUGAAAUGCUUGCUGGCGAAACAUUCACUCAUUUUGCUUUUAUCUGUGAAAUAUGCAUGCUGCUAAAUGAAUACAGUAUAUGUAUAAUUUACAUGCGUAAACAUUUGUUGCUGUAAGUGUGUCCCCGGUGAGACAUGGCCACAGAUAUUUCCUGUUUCACAGUAUAUACAGACUCGCAUUCCUUAACGACGUAGGAUUUGAAUUGAUUUGGAGUGCAGCUGUGUGUCACGCGGGGGUCUCAUUGGAAACAUGCUCAAACCAAGCUGCAGCCCUUCACAAAGAGACGCUCAGUCACUCGUGCACAGCAGCCAAGCGUUCAAGAUUAAAAAAAUAAUAUUCUAGCUCAUAGCAGCAACUUUAUUUUUGUUAACAGGUUUCAGUUGUAUAGACUGAGUGCACAGAUUUACAAACACACACAUACACACACAAGUAAAGGGUUCAGAAAUUUUUUUAUGUGUUUAUCUUGGUUGGCUGCUAACUUGAUUCAACAGAAACCCAGGUGCUAUGCUGCAAACAUGUAAACGUGACGUUACCAUACAAAACUUUGAACUAGGAAUUUGUAUUGGUGCAGUGCAGUGGUUACCCUAAGACCAGAAUAGGGAGGGGGGCUAUGAAGUUCAGUUUAGCAUUUGAAAGUAUGUGUUAAACUUGCAUUGUAUAUUAUCAGAAAAUGUGUCACUUUUCAUUUUGAAUGUUUUUUGUAAAAUUACCUGAAACUGAAGGGGUUUGUUGUAUCAUAGUAAGGCUGAAGUAGUUAGAUUGUAAAUUUUAUUGGGGUUGACCCAAUCAGUAAAGGGAGGGAUUGACAUACUGAUUUUGCAGGUUUGUACCAUUAGACGCUACUGUAUUAUCAGUUAUUUUCUAGCACAUCCUCUGCUAAUAGCCUUCAUGGUUACAGGGGACAGCUGACAGAACAGUUACAAGUAAGCAAAUUCAGUAUCACUUUCAUACUCAAGAGUUUGUUCUCUUAUUUGCUUCUGCUUAUCUAAAUUAACAAAUGCUUCUGCCUGUAUUUUCUGGUUUUGAAAUCUGAGAGAAAUAACAUUUUUGUACUGUUGGUUUCUCUAGAAGUGGUGAGCAGCUCUUUCACAGUGUGAGUGAAUUUCUACUUUAAGGCGUCGUCAUUCAGUGUAUUUUGUAAAAGAGAGCCAAUUAAAUGUGGUUCUCUCAUGACUGGCUUCAUGUUUUGCAUAGAAUGCCUGGUUUUGUUCACUGGGAGAGCCACAUGCAUUUUCAUUUACAACAGUUCCUUACAAAGACCACAAACGCAUGCACAGUGAUUGUCACAGGAGACUUGUGUUAUAGACAUUUAACCAGUUACAAAACUAGUCAUUCUCAACACAUAUUCGAAAGGUUGUUUCACUUUCCUGUUACUGUAACAAUGCAACAGGUUCUUUAACUGCAAACCAGUGAUCCAAAGAUGAUAGCUUCUGAGCUGACUUUAGACUUUUGUGAAAAUCUGCAAACUGCAAAGAAUUGUUCAAAAUACACUCGCCAGAAAUCCCAGCUGCUCAGUGCUUCUAGGUUCCCAUUCCAGCACUAUAGAUGUGAUAUUUAAUCAUGCAUCGAUGGUGGGGUAAAACACUGACGUUUUCAAUCUCUGUCUCACAUCAAAUGGCUUUUGUUAAUUCCAGCACAUACGUUGUACAAAUAAAACAGUUGCUCGCGUAUUAAAAACAAUGCACUUUAUUAUAAA